AUAAACAAAAAAGGUCCUGAAUAAGGAAAUUGGAAAUCUGGCGGUCUAAGUUGCACCACAACUUGAGCUUGCACUUAUCUCACCCUUCCUUAUCCACAUUUCUUAGUCCUUGACUUUACUCUUUCUUUCAGUUUUCUUUUGUCUUCUUCGUUGCAAUCACUUUCUAUUAACUCACCUCCAUAUCUAAAUCUCACCAAUCCGACGUUAUUUCUUUUCAUUUAUUCCUUCACCCUCAGAUUAUUUCAGUUUCACCCAUUACCCACAAAUUCAACAUGAACUAGUUCUUUCCCCAAUCAAAAAAUGUUUUUGGGUUUAUCUUGAUUCCAUCCUUUUUCCUUGUGGGAAACCCUCGAUUCUUACUUGUUCCCAAGUCAAUUUGAAUCGGGGGUUUAUGUGAAUUUGUGGAAAUGGGUUUGAUUUCUUUGAUUUUGGAGGUUUUAAAGAAACCUUCUUUAUGGGAUGUGUUUUUUGAGUUGAUGUUAUUGACUGUGCCUCUUUGGAUUGCUGUUUUUGUUGGUGUUUUUUUGGGUUGGGCUUGGAGGCCUAAAUGGGCUGUCUUCAAUGAAGAAGGAGAAUCUAAGUUGUCAAAUGAAUCUUCUUGUUCAUCUGCAAAUGCUAAGGGUUUGAAUUCAAUUCAUAGUUUAAUAUCAUUCAAAUCAUUGUUUCCUAGUUUCUUACCUGGGAAUGUAUCUGUUAAUUUGAAAGAUGGUAACUUUAUUGAGCAGCCUUGUGUUUUAAAAUCUAAUUUCAGUUUGUCAGAGCAUGAGAGAAAUGUGCCCUCUGCUGUCAAUGAAGCCGAUUUAAAACAUUUGUAUCAAUUGGUUGAAGAAAAAGACGGGGGGCCUGCAUGGAUUCAUAUGAUGAAUCGUUCUACUCCAACUAUGACAUACCAAGCUUGGCGUAGAGAUCCUCCGACUGGUCCUCCCCAGUAUCGUAGCAGAACCAUCUUUGAAGAUUCUACUCCAGAAAUGGUGAGAGACUUUUUCUGGGACGAUGACUUCCGUUCCAAAUGGGAUGAUAUGCUCAUACAUCAUGCUAUGUUGGAGGAGUACCAACCAACAGGAACUAUGAUAGUGCAUUGGACACGCAAAUUCCCAUUCUUCUGCAGUGACAGAGAAUAUGUGAUUGCUCGUCGAAUCUGGGAAUCUGAAGGUUCUUAUUAUUGCAUCACUAAGGGUGUGCCAUUUACCUCUCUUCCUAGACGAGACAAACCGAGGCGUGUUGACCUGUACUAUUCUAGUUGGUGCAUCCGUGCAGUUGAAUCUCCAAAAAGGCCUGGUCACAUGACUUCAUGUGAGGUUUUACUUUUUCAUCAUGAGGACAUGGGUAUUCCUUGGGAGAUUGCAAAGUUUGGUGUUAGGCAGGGUAUGUGGGGAGCAGUCAAGAAGAUAGAUCCCGGAUUGCGCACAUACCAAAUAGAGAGAUCAGCCGGUGCAUCACUUUCUCGGUAUGCUUUGAUGGCUCAUAUCAAUACCCGAGUGAGUACAGAUUACUUAGAGGCUGCUAACGGCAAUUUGCCUAUCGAGAAUCAUGACGACACAGAUGCAAACUCUUCGGAAAAGCCAGGAAUAACCAUACCAAGAGCUCUUGUAGUAAGUGGGGCUAUUGCACUGGCCUGUACUAUCGAUAGAGGACUCUUGACCAAGGCAGUAAUCUUUGGAGUGGCUAGAAGAUUUGCGAGGGUGGGAAGAAAGAUGUGACUUUCAGUCUUCAGAUGCUGCUCAUGGCAAAUUUUCUCUUGUGCGAGGAAGUUGCUGCAGCCCUUUUGGCUCGUAUUUGAGCUUGCAGCAUUCCUUCCUUGUGACUCAUCUUCGAGAAAUGAAGGAUGGCCGUUGGCUUGACUAUGCGAGUUGAGAAACUUGCUCGGUCAGUCUUUAAAUGGAACGAGAGUGAGCUCUCUUUUCUUCUUUUCUUUCAGUUGUAAGGGUGGGGUUGUUAUUAUAAUUGUUAUUGUUAAUCUAUUAAUUAAUAUAUGUGUAUCAAACAUCUUCAUAUAUAGCAAUAUUAUUCAUCUAUUAAUAA